AUGAAAAAAUCUGCCGGAAAAGAGGUCGCCCUGUUUGAUCGCGCUGUAGACCAGUUUGAAGAAGGCCAUUUUUCUCGUAGCUUGAAAACCACCCUUUCGAUUCUGAAGAGAAAGCCAAAACAUGCCGAAGCCAUAGCAUUGGAAGGACUAAAUUUAUGCAAAUUGGAAAACUAUCAAGAUGCUCUGUUAAAAUGCCAAUUGGCAAUUAGUUUGGACGCUAAAUCUCGAUUUUGCUGGCAAGCUCUGGCGAUUACUUACAGGGAUCGAAAGGACUACCAUAGCUCUCUUAAUGCCUACAAAAAUGCUGUAAAGACUUCACCAGAAAAUGAAGGCUUGUUGUAUGAUACUGCCUAUCUUCAGUUUCAUUUGAGGCUUUACGACGCAUUAGUGCAAUCAUGGCAGACACUAGUCUGCAUGGACUCUGAAAAUAUGGAAUAUCGAUUAUGCCUUGCAUUAUCCUAUUACCUUUCUGGCUCUUACGACUGCUGUCUGGCUCAUUGCACAGACCUUUUAAGAUUUUAUGAGUUGGCUCCCAACGCAUCCUCAAGACUUGCAUGUUUCAUUCCCAAUCUGGCUUUAAAACAAGGUCUUCAAUUCCAUGAUUCGUUUCAUCUUUUUCAUAUGUAUUCGUCUUUUAUUUCUAAUGACUGGCAGCGAGAUGAACAGCUAGCAAAUCUGUAUUUUCAGUUUCAAAAGUACGAUGAAGCCUUACUUUUGUAUGGUAAGCUGACUGCCAAGUACUCUUGUAGAAAUGAAUUUGUAUGGAGAUAUUUAAAAAGCUUGCAAGAGCUUACAAUUUCCAAAGGAUUACCCAGAGACGUACUGUAUGGUAAAUUCCAAUAUCUGUUGGAAUUGUUUCCCAAUGCAAUGAACAUCAAAAUCCUCAUCCUACAAUUUUUGGUUACUGGCAACCUUGAAUAUGAUUUCUUUUUGGAGCAUCUGCUCACAUAUUCUAAAAACAAGGGUAUACCCUCCACUAUUUUGUUACUAAAAUCAUCGAUACAAGGUAAUUUACCAUUCGCCUAUAAAAUAAAGGAAUUUUUAAUUUUUCGCCUGCAGAAUUCAGAGAAGGAUAUUCCAACUGCACAUCUCUGGAACCUUUACUAUCUCAGCUGUCUUACAUAUUUUAUUUUGGACUAUGCGAGCUCUCUAUAUUGGAUCGAUCGGGCAAUCUCCAACCUCCCUACUCUUCCGGAAUUAUACUCAUUAAAAGGUAAAAUUUUGUUUCGUUUAGGUGAAUGGAGUGAUGCUAUUCAUACUUUGACCUUUUGCUGCGAACUAGACAAAGGGGAUCGUGCAUUAGCCAGCCGGCUUGCCAAGAUCUAUUUCCACAUGGAUGAAAGUGAAUUAGCAUAUCAAUCUCUUUCCAAGUUUUGCAAAGAUCGGUUUGGUGGAGUUCCCACUUAUCUUGCUGAAACCGAAUGCAUUUGGUUUCUCAUUGAAGACGGUGAAUCUCUACUUCGUCAGCAAUGUUACGGAUUAGCACUGAAAAGGUUUCACCAGCUAUAUAUAAUAUUUAAAGAGUGGUCAAAUCUCAGCUUUAAUUAUCAUACGUACUGUGCUGAAAACGCUGAAUUUGGGCAGUACUUGGAAAUGGAUGGAUGGACUAAGGCAUUGUGGGAUUCACCAGCGUACCUUAGAGCCGCUUUAGGUGCGACAAUUAUUUAUUUAAAAUUACAUGAUUCUCCCUAUUUCAAAUAUGGAGAAAAUGCCCGUGCAGUGCACUCAAUGAGUGAAAUUGAGCAAAUUCAAUUUGAUAAGGACCGAAACCAAAGCGUAGCAAAAUUACAUCUUCAAGAAGAAUCCAGGAUAAAAAGAAUCAUACUGGAUGAAGACGAAGAUCCUUUAGUGAUUGAUCACGAUCUUUUUGGAAUGGAAUUGUUAAGAACCAAAGACCCUCUUCAAGAAGCGAUGAAGUUUUUGUAUCCACUUCGUUUGGAUUGCUUAAAAGGAUGGGGAUUCUUAAAGGUUUUAGCAUCAAAAAUUUACAAUUCUAAAGGUACGGAUUUAUGA